GUUUUUCCUUCUCUUGAAAUGCUGCAUAAAGGAUACACUCGCUCGCUUGCUCACUCACUGUCUGCAAAACGUUUGAGAAGAAUAAUGAACGGAGAGGGUUCUGAAGACUGGGAUGCAGAUUUCUUAGACCAAUUACUCCAAGUUGAAAAAAUCGCUCUUUCUUCUUCUUCAUGUUCUUCUGCUUCAAAGCUAAAUCCUGAGCCAUUAGUCUCUUCUCAACCUACUGCCGUUUCUUCUCACAUCCCACCGUUUCAACAUCAGCAGAUUAGUUGCAUUACUCACUCUCCUCCACGAGAGCUUUCUCAAAGACCGAUUGAUUCCGACAAUCGUUUCUCCAAUGGCUUUUCCUCCGUCUUUCCUCCCAUUUCUCUCCCCCAAGAUGACGCCAAAGAUCGAGAAAUUGACAGCUUAAAGAGGGAGUUGGGACAUGUGACAAAGAAGCUUUUGGACCUGGAACAAGAAUGCUUGGAGCUUAGGAAUGAGAGAAACAAAAAAGAGGAACAGAUUAAAUUUGUAUAUUCACGCGCUGCGGAAAAAGAUAUGGGCAUCCAUUGCUUGAAAAAUACAAACCUGGAAUGUGGAGUUCCUUCUCUCAAUAAUCAUGGGUUUCCACAGCAAUUUAGCAAUGCAAAAUCGUUAGGGAACAAGUUUGGAUAUCAGGUUUGUUUAGCAGCGUCAUCGUCUAAGGACAUAGGCGUUCAAACAGACAAAGCUGGUGAAUCUAGCAACGUGGACUUGAAUGAUGCUUCACCUUCCAGAACUGAGCUUUCUGACAAGUUGCUAGGGAUAUGGGGCUCCACUAGUGACCAGAAUUUAGGAAGAAAUCUUACCUCCAAGUUGUUCAUGGCAUGUCCAGCAGAUUUUCAUUUUCUUUUUGGUCGCAUGACCAUUAGUGCGUUGACCAAAUCAGCUGAUGCUGUUUUGGAUGAAUGGUCAUCCAAUGCAGCUUUGCAGUCCCAUAUGCACUCUUUUCAUGCUUCUGAAGCUGCAAAAGUAUCUUGUCUGUACUCUGUACUAACUAAGAUCAACAAUGGAUUGUUAUCUUUGGAGGCUUUGCUUCAGCCUUUGAUUGAUCUCUGUUAUCUUGAAAAUGUUUAUAUUCUCUGUAGUUCUCUAAGCAUACUGCACGUGUUUCUGAAGCACAUGUUUACCUUGAGAGGAAAAUGGGAGAAGAGGGACAGUUUCAAGGUCAAGGGAGUAAAAUCUGUGAACAACUUCAAGGAUGCAGGCAUGUGUAGUGGGAGUGAGGAGGCAUCUUGUGCAAGCUAUAGGCUGUUUGGGACUAAACCUUCUGGUCCUGAAAUGCUUUGCAAGAAUGGAGUCUGGAAUAUUGACAGUGGAUUGCCGUGUUCUUCUGUGGACUGGGUUUCUUUAUUUUAUUUGUUGCUUCAAAUUGCUGUGCAAAAGACUGAAGAACGUGUGAGAUUGGAGACGGUGUCUAUCAUGAAUGUAAUUCUUCUGAGAACAAAUGCUUAUGCAGAAAGGGAAAUAUUUGGCAAGGCACCAGUCUUUAAAAGCAUUGCACAGUUCUUAAAAAAGGAAUCUAGUUCACAUGUGCAAAAGGAAGCUCUUCAUCUACUAUACUUGUUACUAAAUUGUCCCAAGCUAUUGAGUGCUCUCUGUCCUAGUUGUAAAGAGGGGGAUAAUACUGCAAAUGAAGAUAAUGCUUCUCCUUGUGAAGAUUUCAAUGCGAUCCUUGAAGGUUUGGUGGACUGUGUUACCUGCAACGGAAAUAGCAUACAGGAUAUAGAACUUCGUAAAAGAGCUAUUAUUAUGAUGGCUUUUCUAGCUUCAUCAGUAAAAUCUGGGUUUGAAAUUCUGGUGAAUCACAAGUUACAUGGAGAGAAGAACUUUCUUAUGUUGAUUUUGCAAGUUUUGAUAUCAGAGAUGGAUGUAGAAUUAUCGCUCUCUUCUGAGCCAGCAGAAAAUAUUAGAGCAAGAACUUUGCUGAUGCGGGAAGGGCUGAUAUUACUUAAUAGACUUGUGUCGAACCUGAGUUCUUCAGCUAUUGUUUUAAGAGCAUUGACAGCUAGUAGAGACACAGCCAGUUUGAUCAUCGACAUUGUCAGCAGAUUGUCUAAAAAAGGUCAGAUACUGAGAUCAGCUGACAGUAUCACACGGCAAAUGAGAGAAAUAGAAGUUGUCAACUUAGCUAGAGUACUUAAGAAAAGGGUUUACACUUAUUUAGGAUGAAUACUUCCAUUGAAAAGUUCAAAUGAAGUCUUGGUUUUUGUAUGUGCAUGGCAUGACUGCAUAAGAACAGUCAUGAAUACAUUUCUCUCUUGAUUAAUCCAGAGAGAUGUUUUGUAGAUAGAUGUUUUGCGGUGCUAACCAUUGCUGUAACGUUUCUCUCUGGAUUAAUCCAGAAUUUUGAUAGGCUUUGAUUAAUUUUACAUGGUGUACUGUAUAUGUUGCAUCGAACAAAUUCUUUGCUAAUGGUGCAUUGAUCAAAUCUUGAAGAAUGCAAAAGAAUUUUGGUAGGAGUUGUUAUUUACUGUUUCCAAGUUCUAUCUUAUUGUGCUAAACAAUUACACACUUGAAUUCCUCUUAUGUUAUUCUCUCUUCUUCU